GGAGUCAGCCUAGCUGUUUAGCAAACACUUCUUCUUUCCUCGGUAAGGAAGAGGGACUACUCGGUUGCUGUGUUUUCGUGCUUUUUGCAAGAUAAUUCGAGGAGGCUUCGCGCGCCACAGGUGUCCGUUUUGAUCCCUUUCAGACCGGGACCGGGGGCCACCGAUUUCCUCCACCUCACCAUUACGCGCGGGACGGGAGAGACUGUCUGGCAGUCAUGCUGUAGGAGCGUCUCUGCAAUUACAUCUGCAGCGUGGGACUUCACUGAGAGGUCCGCAGGAGUGGGACCAUGCCGGGGCAACACAGCAGAGGACAGAGCGGUCUGAGCAGGCUGCUGCUUCUGUGCCUCUCCGUCGCCAUCCUCGCCUCGGGAGUGCACGCAGGCGGGAAGAAGCACAGCGGCCCGUGUGGAGGAAGAGACUGCAGUGGAGGAUGCCAGUGCUUCCCAGAGAAGGGGGCCAGGGGUGAUCCAGGGCCUCUUGGUCCUCAAGGGCCUCAGGGGCCUCCAGGUAGACCAGGAGAAGCAGGUAUCGAAGGGCCAAAGGGCCACAAAGGUGACCAAGGCCGCGGCGGUCAUGUAGGCCAAAAAGGAAACGUGGGAAUGACCGGCGUGCCCGGCUUCUCCGGAAACGACGGUAUUCCUGGCCACCCGGGGCAAGCCGGACCCCGAGGGAAGCCCGGAGCGGACGGCUGCAACGGCACCCACGGGGAGUCGGGGCUGCCGGGGGAAUCUGGCUUCGACGGUGCGCCUGGGUUUCCUGGACUAGCGGGGAGGAAAGGAGAAAAAGGAGACACUCUGGAGAUGAGUGUGUACAUGCAGCGUUUCAGGGGAGACCCGGGAGCGCCAGGAUUCGACGGGAUAAAUGGUCCUCCAGGACUUCCAGGUUGGGAAGGUAACAGAGGGUUUCCGGGACCGAAGGGCCCCCCAGGGCCUCCAGGCCCCCCAGGUCCAAAGGGUACGAUGACCAAAGUGUUUAAAGGAGUCAAAGGAGAUCAGGGGGAGAUCGGCCUCCCAGGACCCCCGGGAAACGCCACCCGUCCACAUAUCGGCCCGCCCACUGAUCAUCAACAGGGGCCUCCUGGAGAAAAAGGUCUCAAGGGAGAAAAAGGAGACCUGGUUGACAACACAGGAGAGACUGGAGUGAUGGGGUUCCCGGGCUUACGGGGUCCGUCGGGCGGAGUGGGAAGAGCUGGACCGAGGGGCGAUUCUGGUGAAACGGGACCAAAAGGCUUUAUUGGUCGGAAGGGAGAAAGAGGUGAAGCAGGAGAGCUGAUUUCAUCGGGGCCUUCGUGGCCGUGGUCCUCCGUCGGUGGUCAAGCUGGUCCUCUGGGUGAACAGGGUCCACAGGGAGAGAGAGGUGCUAUAGGAGACCAGGGCAUCCCCGGACCACCAGGACGCCCUGCCUCCGAUACACAGCAGCAAGCGUGGGAUUACUUUGGGCCGUUCGGUUUCAAAGGAGAAAGAGGAGAAAAGGGCCAGCAGGGGGAGAAAGGUCUUCCUGCCACCAUCCCUGGGCGUCCCGGGGUGGACGGGCGCCCCGGAGACCAGGGCCCUCCGGGGCCUCCGGGAAGCUUGGCGAAUCUCUUCAAAGGAGCGCCGGGAGGAAGAGGGAGGCCCGGAAACGCGGGAUCCAAGGGACUCAAAGGAGACCACGGAGACUGUCUGUGCAGCAACGCCAUCCCGGGAUCACCUGGUCCCGCCGGAGCUCGGGGUGACCCCGGGAUGACGGGGGAAUUUGGUCGUCAGGGCGACCAGGGAGACCAGGGCCGCGACGGGCAGGACGGUUACCCAGGACCUGCGGGACUCAGUGGAGAGCCGGGACCGAAAGGCAAAAAAGGGGAUACUCUUGCCGUCACGCAGAAAGGACACGCCGGUGACCGGGGGGAUUCAGGGACAGAUGGCGAGCCGGGCACUCCGGGUGCCGUCGGCCUAAACGGCCUUCCUGGGUUUCCUGGCAGCCGAGGCCUUCCGGGCGAGGGGGUCAGCGGGAAAAAAGGAGACAAAGGCUACCCGGGUAACCCUGGUCGGCCCGGCGCGGACGGCCUGAGGGGGGAGCCCGGCGCCGACCUUGUGGGCUUCAAAGGUCAGCCCGGUUUACCCGGUGACGACGGCAUCCCGGGGUACCCCGGAGUUCAAGGGACACCUGGCGCCCCAGGCGGCUGUAGUCCCGCAGGAGACGGAGGACAGGUGGAUGUGACAGGUAGCCCUUGCGAUACUUACCCCGGACCCCCUGGACUGCCUGGGCCUCCAGGACCGAGUGGAUUACCAGGGGUCUCAGGUGUUUCUGGGCCAAAAGGAUCCCCUGGUCUUCCUGGAGCGUACGGAGAUAAAGGGCUGCUGGGUGAACGAGGCAGAGGCGGUGCUCCAGGACCACGAGGCUUCGCCGGCCCCCGCGGAGACUUCGGCGUCCCUGGAACCAAGGGGUCCGUCGGGAUCCCCGGGCUGAACGGCGUGCCCGGCCGGUACGGGGACAGAGGAGAGAAGGGUUUCCACGGAGAGGUCCUGGGAGCUUCACCUGGACCGCCGGGGGACCGAGGACCGCCUGGACUGCAGGGGGACAGAGGGCUGAACGGAGAACCAGGAAACCCCGGAUACGAGGGAAUGGUCGGCAUGCCCGGUAUGAUCGGCUUCAAGGGGACCAGCGGACCGUCCGGCCUGCAGGGAGAGGAAGGACGACCAGGUCCGGCUGGGAGGUACGGCUUCCCCGGAGAUCCGGGCUUCGCAGGUCAACCCGGACCCCGCGGUGCAGUCGGACAGCCAGGUCUGACUGGAAGCAGGGGGGCUGAAGGAGACCCCGGAGCGCCGGGUCCAGUCGGACUGAAGGGGACUCCCGGAGAGUACGGCAGCAUCGGCGCCACUGGAGACCUGGGACCGUCUGGAGAUCCGGGAUGGUUCGGAGCCAGUGGACGUCCGGGACCUCCGGGAAUGAAAGGGAAGAAAGGCUCUCCAGGGAUGGGCGGGUUUGAAGGUGUCAAAGGAACCCAAGGCCUUCAGGGCGUCUCAGGGCUGAAAGGACAGGUCGGGGAUCCAGGCCAAGCGGGCCCGAAAGGACUCAUGGGACAGAUUGGAGAGAAAGGCGACCGAGGUCAGCCGGGGCUGCCGGGAGACAAACCCAUAAUCAAUAAACAGAUUAUUAACACCAUGAAGGGAGUCAAGGGUGACACGGGACCUGGGGGAGGUCAAGGUUUCCCUGGACCCAGAGGAUUCAAGGGCUUCCCCGGAGUGCCCGGCCUCGAGGGAUCCCACGGUCUUCCCGGAGACCCCAGCAGUGUGAAAGGUUACCAUGGAGAUCCGGGCGCGGAGGGGCUGCAGGGCAUCAAGGGAAUGCCGGGGCUGACGGGAAACCGAGGAAUUAUGGGAUUUGAUGGGAUGCCUGGCAACACGGGAGGUAAAGGGAGCCCCGGCGCCUACGGUGCAUCGGGAUACAAAGGACAGAAGGGUUUUAAAGGUGAAAAAGGUCUUCGCAUCGACCUCCCAGGAUUCCCAGGACUGAGAGGAGAGCUGGGAUUCACAGGGCAGAUCGGCGACCCGGGGCUGCUGGGAACGACUGGUGAUCGAGGGACUCCGGGUUUUGGUGGAAUAGACGGAAGGAAAGGAGAGCGGGGCGAUCCCGGAGGAGCCGGAUACCCGGGCUCAGACGGGCAGAGCGGUGUUCCUGGUAACCAGGGUCAAAAAGGCUUUCCGGGAAUCCCCGGAAAAGACGGACGUCCAGGUUCUCCUGGUUUCCCUGGAGGCAAAGGUUACCCUGGAAUUAAGGGUCUGUAUGGAUUGGACGGAUUGAAAGGACAGAAGGGCUUCAGCGGCGCACCAGGUGUAGACAACAUCGGAUCAACUGGAGUGCCGGGACUUAAAGGACAGAAAGGAGAUUUUGGUGAUCCCAACAGCCAGCCGGGGGUUCGAGGGACGGUGGGUUUGAAAGGCUUCCAGGGGCCUCAAGGCGACUACGGUCAACCCGGAGCGGCAGGAUUUCCGGGCCCCGUAGGACCGGAUGGGAAACCAGGACGACCCGGACUGAGUGGAGAGCCGGGCGCUAAAGGAUCGCCCGGAUUACAAGGUUUCCCGGGAUCCAGGGGGAACGCUGGUGUGACGGGUCUGUCUGGAGAAAAGGGUCAGCCGGGAUUAAACGGGUUUCCUGGGUUACCUGGUCUAAAAGGAUUCAAAGGCGAUUAUGGUCCAGGGGGAUACAGGGGGCUGGAUGGCGUGUUCGGGAAAAAAGGUGUGAAAGGAGAACAAGGGUUGAUGGGAUAUCCUGGAGUAACUGGUGUGAAGGGAGAACGAGGACCAGCUGGUCCUAAAGGAAAUCCUGGACUGACGGGAUUCCGUGGGCAGCCAGGUACGCCAGGCCCUAUUCCACUACCCAUCAAAAUCCCAGGAGAGAGGGGUCUUCCUGGACCGCAGGGCAUCUUGGGACCACGUGGGGCCAGUGGGGAACCAGGACCACACGGCCCUCCUGGAGAUGCAGGGUUCAUGGGACCGAUUGGGCAGAAAGGCAUGCCUGGGAUCAGUGGCACGCCGGGAACGCCUGGAUUCCGCGGAGAACUCGGUCAAAUGGGCCACAGUGGGCUGCAAGGCAUGGAAGGUCGCCGCGGCAGCCCGGGCGUCUCGGGUUUGCCCGGUAUGCCCGGGCGCAGUGUGAGCGUGGGCUACCUGCUGGUGAAACACAGCCAGGCGGAGCAGACCCCCAUGUGUCCGGUGGGCAUGUCCAAACUGUGGGACGGCUACAGUCUGCUGUACCUGGAGGGCCAGGAGAAGGCCCACAACCAGGACCUUGGAUUGGCCGGCUCCUGCCUCCCACGGUUCAGCACCAUGCCCUUCCUCUACUGCAAUCCCGGAGACCUUUGUUACUAUGCCAGCAGAAAUGAUAAGUCCUACUGGCUCUCCACCACCGCGCCGCUUCCCAUGAUGCCCGUGGAGGAGGCAGAGAUCAAACCGUACAUCAGCCGCUGCUCGGUGUGCGAAGCUCCGUCCGUCGCCAUAGCGAUUCACAGCCAGGACAUCACGAUCCCACAGUGUCCCGCCGGCUGGCGCAGCCUCUGGAUCGGCUACUCCUUCCUCAUGCAUACAGCCGCAGGAAACGAAGGCGGCGGCCAGUCCUUGUCGUCGCCCGGCUCCUGCCUGGAGGACUUCCGCACGACGCCGUUCAUCGAGUGUAACGGGGCCAAAGGGACGUGCCACUACUUCGCCAACAAGCACAGCUUCUGGCUGACCUCGGUCGACCAGUCGUUCCACACCGAGCCGGCCGCAGAGACGCUCAAGGCGGGCCAGCUCCUGUCGCGCAUCAGCCGCUGCCAGGUCUGCAUGAAGAACUUGUGAGGAGACUCACGGACCGACGGGGGUUUCUCCACUUGACGGCGGCGCGGUGUCGUCCCUCUGCCGUCCUGACGGAGAGGGGUCCGAAUCGCUCGGAUCAGGGUCAAUGGGAAACUUGCUCUGCGAGCCGCAGAGCUCGGACAUGCGGUGACUGCGUGAUGCCUCCAGCGACAUUGUAGAUAAAAACAAAAAGAAAUCCCUAUACUGAAAACAGCAGCAUUAUGGGGGAAGCAAUAAUUGUAUAUUAAAUGUGGUUUGGUGCUUACUUUUAACUUAUUACCUCAGCUACACAUUGUCAACUAUCAGAGAACGUACACUACAGCUGAACCAAAGAUGCACAUAUGUACGCACGGCUUCAGUUUAAUCACCUUUGUUUGUUUUUUUGAAUUGUUUCGGGUCUCCAGCCAGCAGAAAGCCACUAACUUUUCUUCUUCUCACCUUAUUAAAGUUGCAGAAGAUGUCAGUACAAGUCUGAAACAACGGUGUAGGUUGAUGCUAUUGACAGUAUUAUCAUGCUUUAACUCUGUUGCUCCCCAAAGCCUAUUUUGUUAUAUAAAACUCCAUCAAACCACUAACUUGUUUUAGGAAUUUAUCAACAAAUGCAGAAUCUAUUAUACUAUGUGUUCACACUAUGCACUGAUUAUGUCUACACAAUCUGAAUGAACUUGACUUCUAUUUGCCUUUUUUUUUUUUAAAUGUUCUUUUUGUCUU